CCCCAGCACCAAAACUAACCUUCUUAAGAAGGCUCGCCACCAUCUAGAGGCGAAGAUCAGCUUGCUGCCUGUUUGUAGGAUUGUAUCUUCUCAACGAUAAGCUAGUGGGCACCAUGUUCGUCAGAGCCUUGCGAUCGAUUGUCAGGGAGAAGAAGAACGGGGUCAUUGCGCCAGGAUCCUUGGGCUUCGUCAAUGCCUUCUCCUCGGCUUCGGCCUCUCAGAGUCAGAGGCUGGCUGGAAAGGUCGCCGUCAUCACCGGGGGCGCGAGUGGCAUCGGCAAGGCGACCGCCGUCGAAUUUGUCAGGAACGGCGCCAAGGUCAUCAUCGCCGACGUCCAGGACGACCUCGGCCAUGCCGUCGCCACGGAGCUCGGCCCAGGAGCGGCGUGCUACACCCGCUGCGACGUCUCCGACGAGGCGCAGGUCGCCGCGGCCGUGGACCUCGCGGUUGCCCGCCACGGUCAGCUCGACGUCAUGUUCAACAACGCCGGCAUCGGAGGGAACCCUGUGCGGCCACCGCUCGGCGCCGUGGACAUCGCGGACUUCGACCGGGUGAUGGCGACCAACGCCCGGGGCGUCCUGGCCGGCCUUAAGCACGCCGCCCGCGUCAUGGUCCCGCGCCGCCGCGGCAGCAUCAUCUGCACGGCGAGCACCGCCGGCGUGGUGGGCACCGUCGUCAACCCCUCGUACAGCGCCUCGAAGGCGGCGGUCCUGGGCCUGGUGCGCGCCAUGGCGGCGGAGAUGGCGCGCUCCGGGGUUCGCGUCAACGCCAUCUCCCCCGGCGCCGUCGCGACGCCGCUGGCGAUGGAAACCUUCGGCUCGUGGUUCCCCGGGAAGAGCGCCGAGGAGAUCCGGCGGAUCAUUGAGGUAGACGUGAGCUCGAUGGACGGGACGGUGCUGGAGCCGGAGGACAUCGCGAGGGCGGCGCUGUACCUGGCUUCCGACGAGGCCAAGUACGUCAGCGGGCACAACCUCAUCGUCGACGGCGGUUACGCGGUGAGCAGAACCGCCAAAUAGAAGUACCUGCUCCAGCACACCGACGGAGUGAUGGAUUUCGUGGGCUAUUUUUCCGAAUAUCAGCUGUGUUUUACUUCUUGUGCACGUGAGAACCGUCCAGCGCUCAUUAUGCGUUGGUGUGAUCCAUGAAAAUAAUGGGAUGUUCGUUUCUUAA